CUAAAGCGUGCGGCUCUGUUGCCUGAGUAUUCCAGUCUCUGUGUUCCGAAAGCAUGGCUUUCCCUGCAGGAUUUGGAUGGGGGGCGGCCACCUCAGCUUAUCAAGUGGAAGGAGGCUGGGAUGCAGAUGGAAAAGGCCCUAGUGUCUGGGACACAUUCACCCAUCAGGGAAGAGAGAGAGUUUUCAAGAACCAGACUGGUGAUGUAGCUUGUGGCAGCUACACUCUGUGGGAGGAAGAUUUGAAAUGUAUCAAACAGCUUGGAUUGACUCAUUACCGCUUCUCUCUUUCCUGGUCACGUCUGUUACCUGAUGGGACGACAGGUUUCAUCAACCAGAAAGGAAUUGACUACUACAACAAGAUCAUUGACGACUUGUUAAAAAACAGGGUCACACCCAUCGUGACCCUCUUCCACUUUGAUUUGCCUCAGGCCUUAGAAGACCAAGGAGGGUGGUUGUCAGAGACUAUCAUUGAAUCUUUUGACAACUAUGCCCGGUUUUGUUUCAGUACCUUUGGGGAUCGAGUCAAGCAGUGGAUCACUGUCAAUGAGCCUAAUAUUUUCUCCCUGAUGGCAUAUGAGUUUGGUAUAUUUCCUCCUGGUGUGCCUCACCCUGGAACUAAAGGUUAUCAGGCAGCUCAUAACUUGAUUAAAGCUCACGCCAGAUCAUGGCACAGCUAUGAUUCCUUAUUCCGAAAAGAGCAGAAGGGGAAGGUGUCUCUAGCAAUUUUUGCUGGCUGGGUGGAACCAGCAGAUCCCAAUUCAGUGUCUGACCAGGAAGCAGCGAAAAGAGCCAUGGCCUUCCAGUUGGAUUUCUUUGCUAAGCCUAUAUUUAUUGAUGGUGAUUAUCCAGAAGUCAUCAAGUCCCAGAUUGCCCUCAUGAGUAAAAAGCAAGGCUACCCAUCGUCAAGGCUUCCAGAAUUUACAGAAGAAGAGAAGAGAAUGAUCAAAGGCACAGCUGAUUUCUUUGCUGUGCAAUAUUACACGACUCGUCUAGUCAAGUACCAGGAGAACGAGAAAGGAGAACUGGGCUUUCUCCAAGAUGCGGAGGUUGAGAUUUUUCCAGACCCAUCCUGGAUAAGUAUGAAGUGGAUCUACGUGGUACCGUGGGGAAUACGUAAACUACUGAAAUACAUUAAGGAUACAUAUAAUAACCCUGUAAUUUACAUCACCGAGAAUGGGUUUCCCCAGGGUGACCCCGCAUCUUUUGAUGACACUCAGCGCUGGGAGUAUUUCAGACAGACAUUUCAGGAGCUGUUCAAAGCUAUACAACUUGAUAAAGUCAAUCUUCAAGUAUAUUGUGCCUGGUCUCUUCUGGAUAACUUUGAGUGGUGCCAUGGGUACAGCAGCCGGUUUGGUCUCUUCCAUGUUGAUUUUGAAGAUCCAGCAAGACCCCGAGUGCCUUACACAUCAGCCAAGGAGUAUGCUAAGAUCAUCAGGAACAAUGGCCUGGAAGGACCCCUGUAGAAAUGAUGGCUGGGCGACUUCACUGGAAAAGAGGCCUUUGCUCUCAAUAAUGAAAUCUGCUUUGGUGAUCCCUCAGACAUCCUCAAGUUGCAUUUGUAAUCAAGAGGUCCUCCCAGCUGAUCUGUGAUCGCAAAGUCUGAAUAUGUCAUGCCUGGGGAUGUAUUUAAUCAUGGCUUUUCCUCUUCGUAUUUGAUCAAUGGCGCUUUAAAAAAAUAGAAUAGAAAGCCACUGAUAUUGAUUUGUUUUUAUCUUUUUGCCUUUUCUCUGCCACUCCCGCGGCAUAUGGAGGUUCCCAGGCUAGGGGUUGAAUCGGAACUGCAGCCACCAGCCUACGCCAGAGCCACAGCAACGCGGGAUCCGAGCCGCGUCUGCAACCUACACCACAGCUCACGGCAACGCCGGAUCGUUAACCCACUGAGCAAGGGCAGGGACCGUACCCGCAACCUCAUGGUUCCUAGUCUGAUUCGUUAACCACUGUGUCGCAAUGGGAACUCUGAAAUUGAUUUUUAUGUUAAGAAAUCAGGUAGACUUGUAAACUUCAUUUUAGAUCCUUAGAAUUUUUCUGGAAAAAAAAACGCAAAAUUUAUGAGCACAGUAGGCUCAUGAUUUGCAACUCUAACAGCGAAUCACUUAUAAGAAUAUUUGUUUAUGAGCCUAUUGUUUUCUGUUUAUGUAAGUUAUCGUUUGCUUAUGUAGAUCCACUGUAAUGUGGUUCAUAACUUUUUACUAUUUAAUCUAGUCUACAAAUCAAAAUUCAAAUUUAGUUACAUUAUAUAGCUAUGCAUUCUAGCCACCAACAGGAUGAAGUGAUAACCUACUUAAUAAAAUGGAUUGGUCGAUGUAUUUGGCAACUAUUUUAAUCUUUGCACGAAUGAGUACAUCUUCCUCUUGUCUGAUAAGUCUUUGAAAAAUAAUACAUAAAUAAUAUAAAUUAGAUUGUAAAUGGCAAAAGGAGUAUUUGAGUAUGGAUAUUGAACAUCAAUUGGAUACUUACUGUAUAGUGACACCAAAUUAAAAACAAAAGAAUGAG